AUGCCCAUCCUCAACCACCUCCUCCACAUCACAAACUUCAAGUCGCCGCUCCUGCGAACCAUUGUGCCCUCGGUGGGCGCCGCUCUCGCCAUCCAAGCCGCCGCCGCCGGCCCCAGCGUGCUCGCCUCCACGGAACGCUUCUUCGACAUCUCGGGGUCGCUCACCUUUCUCGCCGUCGGCGCCCUCAGCUUGUACCUGCCGCAGCUGCGCGGCAGCCUGGGGGCAAAGGCGGCGACCCCCAAGCUGUCCAGUCUGCUGGCCGCCGGCGCCUGGAACUGGAGACAGCUGGCCGUCACGGCCAUGGCCAUGACAUGGGCCGCCAGGCGCGCGUACCUCUUCCACCGAAUCAGCCAGCAGGGCCACGACGCGCGCUUCGACACGCUGCGCACCCAGCCCGGCCGCUUCGCGCUCUCAUUCCUCAUGCAGGCCGUCUGGGUGUCGCUCAUGCUGAUGCCCGUCAUGGCCGUGAACGCCGUCCCCGCCGCCGCCUUUGCCGCCGUGCCCCGCCUCGUCCUCACGGACGUCCUGGGCAUCGGCGUCUGGGCCGGCGGCAUCGCGCUGGAGGCGGCCGCCGACGCGCAGAAGAGCAGAUGGGCCGAGGGCCGCCGGAGGAAGGACCACGACGAGCCGUUUCUGAAGACGGGCUUGUACGGCGUGUGCCGUUUCCCGCACUACCUUGGCGAAAUCUCCCUGUGGACCGGGCUGGCGACUACGUGCGCCGGAGCGCUCGCCCGGAAACCGGUCCAGUUGGCACUCGGGUUCGGCUCGCCCGCUGGCAUCGCUGCCACGACGGCCCUUUCGCUCGUCGCGCCCGCCUUCUCCGCCCUCCUGCUGACGAGGGUGUCUGGCAUUCCGCUGACCGAGGCACGGCACGACGACAAGUACGGCCACAGGAGGGACUACCAGGAUUGGAAGAGGAACACGCCACGGCUCGUGCCCAAGCUGUGGUAG